AUGACGCGGCUGUACGCGCUCGAAAAGAACAAAUUCCUGCUCAUGAAAGUGGCGUUCACUCUGCUGCGUGAUCUGAUAGUCACGACCUUCCCAAUUUAUCACUUUGUUUGGACGAACACGCGACAUCUCGUGGAAGCCAGCGAACUUGACGAUCGUUUCAACUUCGUUCAUAACUGCGUGUUCGGCUCGGCAAUCGCUCUCGGCAACUCUUUGUUCCAUUUCCCGUUGGAAAUAUAUUCGACUCUCUACAUCGAGACCAAAUACGGGUUCAAUCAGGAGACGCCAGAUGAAUUUCUGAAGCACCAGUUGACGACUCUGAUCCGCAGUCAGCUGCUGAUCUGCGCCGCUGUGACAGGUUUCAGUCUAGUUAGCGGUAUCCUGGGAAACAAUGCCUUCCUGUUCAUCUGGAUCUUCAUUUCGGUAUCCUCGGUGCUUUUCAUAUUGUUAUACCCGAACUGUAUAGCACCCAUGUUCGAUGACUUCACGAGCCUCCCCGAGGGCUCAUUGAGGGAGAAAAUCGAGUGUCUCGCGCGGAAGCUCCGGUUCCCGCUGAGCGGCGUUCUGAUCGCUGAGGGUACGAAGCGCAUGACGCACGGGGACGUGUAUCUAUUAGGACUCUCCGUGAAUAAAUCCGUCGUUCUAGACAAGGAUUUUAUGUACGCCGUCAAG